GUUCAAAAUUUCCAACCAAUCAACGGCAGCGGAUUUGUAAACAGAGGCGACGCGCUUGUAUUCGAGGUUUCCUUCAUGUGUACAGACAGAGAGGGGACGAUUACUUAUUGUCUUUAUUUAGCUGACUAAGGUAAACCACUGGGAGUGUCCUGGGAGCAGGAUUAAAGUAGCAAUGAGGAGAUCUGCAUCAGGGAGAGUCAGCCUUCAGGCACCAGGGGUCCUGAAACCAAGAAAUGAACCCUUUACUCCUAAUACCAGGGAGAGUGGUGGUCAAGCAGUGCGGAAGUCAUACAUCCCAAAGACAGGACCGGGUGGAAGUGCCAAGCGACUUGCUGGUAGAAUAGGGCGAAGCAGCACAGAGAAUGUGUCACGGUUGUCCUUUGCCUCCUCACGCUUCACUCCAACACGCCACAACACCCCAGCCUGUGCUCCCCAGAGUGUCAACAGAUUGUCCACAGACUCUGCCCGCAACUCUGGCAUAGGCACCUCCACUCGGAAGGAGACGCGAUAUGUUAAUGACCCAGCCCACAAGACUCAGUGCAUCAACAAGAUCAUGGAGUUCCUUAGCAGCAGAGGGAAGUCAUACCAACGUCGAACUCUCCUUACUCCCACCACUAAUGACUUUAAGGAUAUUUUUAAUUUCAUCUAUCAGCAUUUGGACCACAGCUAUACACUGCCCCCUAGAUUUGAAGAAGAAAUUCCUAAGUUACUGAAAAAUAUAGACUGCCCAUUCCAACUCACCAAAUCUUCCUUUGUCACUGUUGGAUCUCCACACACAUGGCCUGUUGUCCUGGCUGCAUUGGCAUUCAUGGUGGAUUUUGUCCAUAUUAACUCCAUCAUGGAUUCUUCAGUGCCUGAAGAUGAUCUUGACGAUGACACCACCAGUCCUGUACAUGUUUGCAUAGAGGCCUUCAAGUGCAGUGAUGAUGCUGAAGAGAUUGCCUGCCUUGAGGCACAUAUAGAACGCAUAAAGGCCGAGAAUAAUGUGAGUGACAAUGAUAUGGAGGAACUCAGUGAAACUAUAGAAGCAAAACACCACGAACUGGAAUCUCUGCCCAAGGUUAUUGAUGAACUGAAACAGCUCAAGCAAUGUAAUGUACAGUAUUCUGAUGACUUGGUGAAACUGAGUACUUACUUGCAAGAACUUGAAGUUGCCAUUCAAAACAAAGUUGCAAUGGAAAAGAGCAUAAAGCAGUCAAUUAUGGAACUGAAUACUGAGGAGAGUAAGAUAUCUGAAGAGAUUAAUCGUUUGAAGAAGCUCAAAAACCAACAAACAUACAGCAGCUCUGAGUUGAUGCAAUUGAAGAAUCAUAGUCAAGAAGCUACCAAGGAAAUUGAAUACCAAGAGCAAUUAAGAAAUGAGUUGGGUAAUCAGGUUCGUAAUCUGGAACUGGAGGUGUCAAAAUCUGAAUCUGCCUUCAGAGCCUCUACUGUCCAGCUUGAGAAUUUGCUGGAGAAACUAAACUUGAGCAAAGAUUUCUCUGACAUAGAUCUGAAGAGUGAAGAUGUAAUCAACCGGCAUGAUGAAAUCAUGCGUAUCUUAACGAAACUCAAAAAGGAAGCAAAGAAAAAUACAUCUGAGACACAAGAAGAACUGUUUAGAUUAGGCCAAGUUGCAGAGAGAUCAAAAUGGUUAUUGCAAGAAGGAUUGGCAGAAGGCAAUAAACUGAAAAAAAAAAUCCAGCACGUCGAAGAAGAAAACGAAGUCACACAAGAAGAAAUGAAAAGAGAGCAUCAGAUGAAACUAGACGAACUUGAGGGACUGCAUCAAAAGAUCAUGGAGGCCCGCAAGACACAAAAGAAACCUGUUCAUGACCUUCACCAGCUGGACGACAUGAUCAUUGCUAAAAAACAAGAAUUAGAACAGUCCAAGAAGAAAGAAGAAAAGUGCAUGUAUGAUGGACUUCAGUUCCAGAAAAAAUUCUUUGAAGACCAAUUGCAGCAUGCUGAAGUUCAGAGGAAGCUUAUUGUGGCACACACUACUCACAUCAAUGCUGAAUGCACAAAAUUUUUGGAAUGGCUUGAUUCACUAGAUAUGGACUGAAUCGUGCUCAGUCCUGCUCACACACUAGUUUAGUAUAUGGAUAAGUAUUUCUGCACUUCAUUAUUGCUUUCCUCAUGUUAAGUUUGUUGCUGUGUCUUCUGUGUUGGGUUUUUUAAGUCUUCCACAUCUGUCUUUUCUUUUGUCACUUAUUUUUUUUACAUCUUAACUCUUACAUAUCUGUUUUUACAAGCAUAGAAUAUGUCUAACUGUAAUAAAAGUCUCUUAGCAUGUACAGUUAGAAAGCUUGGAAAUAAACUUGUCAAAUAAAAGAGUAAAUAUUC